AUGAUGCAUGAAAGCAAACACAUGAACCAACUAAACUUUGAUCGUCUUGAAGAAGGGGAAGAUGCGAUUUUGACGAGGACUUCAGUCUUACGUUCAAUCUCACAUCCAAUGGCUCGUCCAUGGAGCAAACGUGGUGCCAUUGCACUGCUUAUACUUUGUGGAAUAACUUUUGGAGCUAUUGCGAUCGCAACAUUUCAAGGAUCAUCGAAUGAAACAAGCAAUGCAAAUGCUGCUGAGGCGGACAGCGAAAGUAUAGCAACAUUUGGUGGGUCAGAAAGUUAUGAAGCUGGUACUGUUGAAGAGGAGACGUCAAUGUCUCAUUCAAAAUAUGACGAUAAUUUUGUUAAUUCUGGCUCUCAAAGCUACCAAGACGAUACUUCGGCAAGCGCAAAUGGUAUCUUGACAACCUCAUCGUUUGAUGAUGAUUUUCGAUUUCAAGGGUCAUCGAAUGAUGCUUCUGACUCCAAUAGUUUGUGGACAGACAAAGAUGGUAGCUCUUUAGCCUCCGAUGCUCAAGAAACAAUGCGACAUUAG